AUGAAGACUACUUUGGUUUUGGCUAUUUUGGCUUGCGUCGGUCUCACCGUUGCAGCCCAAAAAAAUGGCAUUGAAUGUGACGCCUGUAAAGCCUUUGCAAGUGAAAUCAAGAAAUUCGUCGAAAAGCAGGUGCCAUUGGAGGAAGUUGAAAAAGAGGCCAAAGCACUAUGUGAUAUGCUACCAAUAGAACAACUGAAAGAUUUCUGCGAGAAACAUUUAAUUCCAGAAGUUGAUAAACUAUACGAAGAGCUUGAUAAAGAAACGCCGGAAGAUGCAUGCAAAUUGUUGGAACUAUGUUAA